GCUUCCGACGGCACCAUGCAGCGCCCGGGUCCCCGCCUGUGGCUGGUCCUGCAGGUGAUGGGGUCGUGCGCCGCCAUCAGCUCCAUGGACAUGGAGCGUCCGGGCGACGGCAAGUGCCAGCCCAUCGAGAUCCCGAUGUGCAAGGACAUUGGCUACAACAUGACCCGCAUGCCCAACCUGAUGGGCCACGAGAACCAGCGCGAGGCCGCCAUCCAGCUGCACGAGUUCGCGCCGCUGGUGGAGUACGGCUGCCACGGCCACCUCCGCUUCUUCCUGUGCUCGCUGUACGCGCCCAUGUGCACCGAGCAGGUCUCCACCCCCAUCCCCGCCUGCCGCGUCAUGUGCGAGCAGGCCCGGCUGAAGUGCUCCCCGAUCAUGGAGCAGUUCAACUUCAAGUGGCCCGACUCGCUGGACUGCAGCAAGCUCCCCAACAAGAACGACCCCAACUACCUCUGCAUGGAGGCGCCCAACAACGGCUCGGACGAGCCGGCCCGCGGCUCGGGCAUGUUCCCGCCGCUCUUCCGGCCGCAGCGGCCCGCAGGCGCGCAGGAGCACCCGCUGAAGGACGGGGGUCCGGGCCGCGCCGGCUGCGCCAACCCCGGCAAGUUCCACCACGUGGAGAAGAGCGCGUCGUGCGCGCCGCUCUGCACGCCGGGUGUGGACGUGUACUGGAGCCGCGACGACAAGCGCUUCGCCGUGGUCUGGCUGGCCGUGUGGUCCGUCCUCUGCUUCUGCUCCAGCGCCUUCACCGUGCUCACCUUCCUCAUCGACCCCGGCCGCUUCCGCUACCCGGAGCGCCCCAUCAUCUUCCUCUCCAUGUGCUACUGCGUGUCCUCGCUGGGCUACAUCAUCCGCCUCUUCGCCGGCGCCGAGAGCAUCGCCUGCGACCGCGACAGCGGGCAGCUCUACGUCAUCCAGGAGGGGCUAGAGAGCACGGGCUGCACCCUCGUCUUCCUGGUCCUCUACUACUUCGGCAUGGCCAGCUCGCUCUGGUGGGUGAUCCUCACGCUCACCUGGUUCCUGGCUGCUGGCAAGAAGUGGGGCCAUGAGGCCAUCGAGGCCAACAGCAGCUACUUCCACCUGGCAGCCUGGGCCAUCCCGGCCGUGAAGACCGUGCUGAUCCUGGUGCUGCGCCGGGUGGCGGGGGACGAGCUCACCGGCGUCUGCUACGUGAGCAGCAUGGACGUGGGCGCGCUCACGGGCUUCGUGCUGGCGCCCCUGGCCUGCUACCUCGUCCUGGGCACGUCCUUCCUGCUCUCGGGCUUCGUGGCCCUGUUCCACAUCCGCAGGGUGAUGAAGACGGGCGGGGAGAACACGGACAAGCUGGAGAAGCUCAUGGUGCGGAUCGGGGUCUUCUCGGUGCUGUACACCGUGCCGGCCACCUGUGUCAUCGCCUGCUACUUCUACGAGCGCCUCAACAUGGAGUACUGGAAGGCGCUGGCCGCGCAGCGCAAGUGCAGGGUGAACAACCAGACCAAGAGCCUGGACUGCCUGCUGGCCGCCUCCAUCCCGGCCGUGGAGAUCUUCCUGGUGAAGAUCUUCAUGCUGCUGGUGGUGGGCAUCACCAGCGGGGUCUGGAUCUGGACCGCCAAGACGCUGCAGUCCUGGCGCAGCGUGUGCGGCCGCCGCUUCCAGCGGAAGAGCCGGAGGAAGCCGGCCAGCGUCGUCGCCCACGGCGGGAUUUACAAAAAAGCCCAGCACCCGCCCAAGGCGCACCUGGGGAAGUACGAGGCCCCCGCCCGGCCGCCCACCUGCGUGUGAGGCGCGGGCGGCGGGGGUGGAGCGGAACACUUUGCCGCGCGCUCUCUGCGCGUCUCUGGGUCGGUGGGCUGGUUGGUUGGUUUUUUAAAAUAAAAGGAAAAGGAAAA